AUGCCUGGCCAUAUCGCGGGCUCGUCGUCGAGUAGCUCGGAGCAGCAACAACCAAUGGAGCUAGUCGAUCGCAAAGGUCCCGCGACGGAGGUUGGUGCAAUGGGACUCGAGAAUGGGGACCUGGACCACCAUGAGUUCGCUGGCACAGAGGCGACUGCUGAGGACAAGGUGGAUAUGCAUCGCCUGGGCAAGAAGCAGCAGCUUAUAAGGCACUUCCGCCUGCUCUCCACUGUCUCCUUCGUCGCAAUGGCCACCGCUGCAUGGGAGAUCGGCCUCUUCCUAACCACACAAGGUCUCACAGAUGGGGGCACCGGCGGAUUAAUCUGGUCGGUGGUGUGGAAUUUCGUCGGCUUCUGCCCUAUCUACCUCAGCAUGGCCGAAAUGGCCUCAAUGGCUCCUACAGCCGGCGGACAAUACCACUGGGUCUCUGAAUUCGCUCACCCAAACCAUCAGAAGUGGCUCAGCUACUUGACGGGAUGGACCUCAACUAUGGCUUGGCAGGCCGGAAAUGCGAUUGGUGUAUUCUUGACCGGCACUCUGAUCCAGGUCAUCAUAUUGGAGAACAACCCGGAUUACCUCUUCCCGACUUGGCAGGGUAGUCUCCUUGUCAUGGCCAUUAUCGUCCUUGUCGGAGUAAUCAACAUCUUUGGCGCCAAGAUCAUCCCGAAGUUGCAGAACGCCAUCUUUGCUCUGCAUAUCAUGGCCUACAUCUGCUUCAUUGUACCGAUCUGGGUCAAUGCGCCAAAGGCUAGCGCCUCGGCUGUGUUUGGUGGAUUCUCCAACUCUGGCGGAUGGUCAAGCAUGGGUUUGGCAGUUCUGGCUGGUCAGCUAUCUGGUAUAUAUACUCAAGUUGGUGUGGACACCGCAGCACAUAUUGCCGAAGAGGUGAAAAACGCCUCCAAGGCCGUACCUCGUGCCAUGAUGAGCGUCUACGUCAUCAACUUCGUCCUCAUCUUCUUCGCCAUCAUCACAACCUGCUUCGCUAUGCCGGACCUGACCGCCGCCCUCAGUGACCCGAGUCUCUACGCCACCGUCUACGUCCUGAAGCAGUCCAUGUCUACCGCAUGGCUCACGGUCGUCCUCGUCAUGAUCAUCUUCUUGCUCAUUUGCUCAAAUGUGGCAUACCUGACGGCUGUAACUCGCGAUUUAUUCGCUUUCAGCCGUGACAAUGGUCUGCCGUUCUCAGGAUGGGUGUCGAAGAUCCAUCCCAAGUACCAUGUGCCGGUCAAUGCGGUCUUGCUUACGAGUUUGAUCUCGUUCAUUCUCAGCUUGAUCUAUAUCGGCUCCAGCGUUGCCUUCUAUGCCAUUACGUCGCUCUUGACUGUUGCUCUGCUCCAGUGCUAUCUCUUCUCCAUCGGCUCAAUACUCUGGCGCAGGAUCUACCGACCCGAGUCGCUUCCUCCGUCACAUUUCUCGCUUGGCCGAUGGGGUGUGCCGAUCAACAUCGCUGGUGUUAUCUACGCCGCUUGGGCAUUCUUCUGGUCUUUUUGGCCCAUCGCCACACCUGUUACAGCGGCAGGCUUCAACUGGGCUUCAGUCAUCUUCAUCGGCGUGCUUAUGAUCGCGCUGAUUCACUAUCUUGUCAAGGCCAGACAUGUCUAUACAGGCCCAGUUGUGCUGAUUCGACAGCAUUGA